AUUAUUGAGCCUUUCCCAAAAAUCUAGAACCUCCUGUUAAAUCUCAGCCCUGCGGUCAUCUUCAUCUGACAGGUUAAUAAACAUUUCUAGGAAAGCUGGGUGACAACCGAUAUGGCUGCCAUUAUAGCUCUCACAAGGGUUGUCAGUCAUUUUUCCCAGCUCCUGAACAAUAAAUCUACCCGAAGUAUCCUUAUUAGCGAAUCCUUAAGUAGACUUUCCAUUUUGAACAGCCAUAUUGGUUGUCACCCAGCUUUCUCAAGAACUGAUGUUAGCUCUGUGUUCUUGGGAUAUGUCACUUUGGGUUGUCAGUUUGUUGUGGGGACCACGGUGUCGGUGGCAGAUCAGGUUCCCCCUGAGUGCCUGAAGGUUGGCCAUAGUGUAAUUACAAGACGGAACAGCUGAGACAUUCAGGGCUUGGAGAAAUACAUGCCUACAACAGCUGAAGUCUGAAGCGCACACUCGGCACUGCUGUUUCUCAGCUCUACUUCUCCCGCACACAAUGGCGACUGCAGAUUUAAAGGACGAGCUAAACUGCUCCAUCUGUCUCAAUAUCUACACAGAGCCGGUAACCCUGAGGUGUGGGCACAGCUUCUGUCAGAUGUGUAUCCACUCAGUGCUGGAUCGGCAGGACAGGGACGGAGCUUACACCUGCCCCGAGUGCCGCGCACAGUACCUAAAGCGCCCGGCGUUGCGAAGGAACAUGAAACUUUGUAACAUCGUGGAGCAUUUCCUGUCAACGCAACCAGAGGCCAAGGCAGCUGGGAUCUCCUGCACGUACUGCGUCCACUCCUCUGUCCCAGCUGUUAAGACCUGCCUGAUGUGCGAAGCUUCUCUAUGUGACGUCCACCUGAGCGUCCACAGCAAAUCCACGGAUCAUGUCUUGACGGAGCCCACCAGUUCCAUAGACAACAGAAAAUGUGCCACCCAUCGGGAAAUGCUGAAGUAUUACUGCUGUAAGGACGCCACCUGCAUCUGUGUGUCCUGUUGUGUCUUCGGAGAACAUAGAGGACACCAAGUGGAACUUCUUAAGGAGGCGUCUGAGAAGAAGAAGGAAAAACUGAGAAAAGUUCUGGAGAAACUGACCACGAAACGUGAAGAGACAGAAAAGAGCAUCCAAAGUUUACAAGAACAUAGGAUAGGAGUCCAGGAGAAGGCGGCCAAUGUAACGACAAGGGUGACUGAUCUGUUUAAGGACAUCAGGGUUCAGCUCCAAUCUCUAGAAGAACGGAUAUUGUGUGACAUCUCCAGACAGAGGGAUAAAGUGUCACUCUCAGUCACUGAUCUGAUCCAACAAAUGGAGAUAAGGAGGGAGGAGCUUUCCAGGAAGUUGACGCACAUCGAGGAGGUGUGCCAAGUGACGGAUCCGCUCAUUGUCCUCCAAGGACGGGACAUCAGCAGAGCUGAGACUGAUGAAGGGCUUGGUAAGAAGCUUCAGGCUGUCGGUGAUCUGGAUGAAGUUCUGAUUUCGUUAAACCUACAGUCGGCUUUAUCCAGUAUCGCGUCUGACGUAAAACAAAGCUUCAGCGUCCAGAACUUACUGCUGGACAUUAAGACGGCCGCAGUUGAUGUGGCCGUGUCUGGAGACCUGAAGAGUGCCACGUGGUCCAAGUCCCCGAUCUGGGCAAAAACUCCACAGAGAUUUAAAAACUAUUGUCAGGUUCUGAGUUUUCAGAGUUUUAACUCCGGACAGAAUUACUGGGAAGUGGAGACCAGUGAACUGGGGAACUGGAGAGUGGGGGCAGCUUAUCCCAGCAUGGAGCGGAAGGGGGAUCUGUCCGGGAUUGGACAGAACAGCAAAUCCUGGUGUUUGCGCUUGUGUCAGAAGGACUACCUAGUAGCUCACGGAGCAAAAGAGAUCCCACUAGAGACUGAGUCACCACUGCAGAGGCUGGGGGUAUAUUUGGACUACGAUGCUGGGCGGCUGUCCUUCUACCAACUGGGUGAGCCCAUUAGACAUCUCCACACCUUCACUGCCACUUUCACGGAGCCCCUUCAUGCCGUGUUCCUGGUAUGGCGGGACGGCUGGGUGAGAAUCCGGAGUUAGGAUUACUAAUGAAAUCGCAAGGGUGAACGCUAAUUUAAAGGAACACACCACUCAUAACCGAUACACUGUGAGGGUUCUGAGCACGACACAGAUUUAAAGAACUCCAAAUAUAGAGAUGCUUCACCCCCUCAGUGUCUCGAGUGGUAGUUCCACACAGGUUGGAUUUCCAUAGCCAAUCCGAUCCAGAAUCUGCAAAAAAAUCUGCCAGAAAAUCUGCAUCUAAUUGUGUAAAUUUUGAUGCAGAUUUUGUGGUGGAUUUUCUGCAGCCGAUUCUAACGGGUGAUCUGAUCUGUUGGGCACACCCUCUGCCGCUCCCAUGCUGGGGCUUCUCGGCCUCCCGGGAGGUCCUGGUACUUUCUGUUCCAGAAGCCUGGGUCGGUGACUUUACAUGAUUUAUCAUCUUUGCACUAGAAAAGUGGUGUCAAAAAGUUGCAAAAAUUGUCACAUACACUUUUUUGCUGUCCUUUCCACUUUUUUUAAAGGGGGCGUGGCAAGGCCGGAGAAGGG